AUGGCGCUCUCUCCAGACCCCAUCAGCACAGCACUGCUGAAGGGCUGCUUUCUUGCCAUGAAACCAUCCAUUUUCAGCCUCAUUAUCUUUUCUUCUUCAUCUUUCUAUUCAUCACAUUCUUCUCAUCUACUUUUUCAUUUUUCUCCUUUCAAUUUUUUCUUCAAUUUUUUCCUUCAAUUUUUUCUUUCAGUUUUUCCUUCAAAUUUUUUCUUUCUUUUUUCAUUCAAAUUUUUCCUUCAAGUUUUUUCCUUCAAUUUUUACUUUAAAUUUUUUCCUUCAAUUUUUCUUUCAGUUUUUUCAUUCAAAGUUUUCUUUUCAUGUUUUCCUUCAAAUUUUUUCCUUCAAGUUUUUUCCUUCAAUUUUUACUUUAAAUUUUUUCCUUCAAUUUUUCUUUCAGUUUGUUCAUUCAAAGUUUUCCUUUCAUUUUUUCCUUCAAAUUUUUCCUUCAAUUUUUUCUUCAAUUUCUCCAUCAAUUUUCUUUUCAGUUUUUUGCUUGUUCUUUUUUUAUUCUUUUCUUGA